GCGGCUCUCCCGCGGCCGAGAAAGAUGCGGCCCUCCUUCUCGUCGUGGCCGCCGCCGCCGCUCCUGCUGGGCCUCGGCCUGGGCCUGCUCCUCCGGGCGCUCGGCGGCGAGCAGCCCCAGCACUACGGCGGCGACGGCGAGCACCGGCCCGACUUCGACCGCGAGGCGCUGCUGGGGGGACAGGAAGAAGCGGAUGAAUUUGCCAAGCUGAGUCCAGAUGAACAACAGAGAAGAUUGAAAGCGAUUAUAAAGAAAAUCGACUUGAAUUCAGAUGGCUUUCUCACAGAGGGCGAGCUAAGUGUGUGGAUCCAGCAGUCUUUCAAGCAUUAUAUCGUCGAAGACGCUAAGCAGCAGUUUGGUGAAUACGAUAAAGAUGGCGACGGAUACGUAUCCUGGGAAGAAUACAAUAUGCAAAUGUACGACCGGGUGAUCGACUUUGAAGAAGAUUCUACUUUGGAGGACGCUGAAGAGGAAUCUUUCCGGCAGCUCCACUUAAAGGACAAGAGGAGGUUUGAAAAGGCAAACAGCGACGGAGCUUCCGGCCUGGACCUGAACGAAUUCAUUGCGUUCGAACAUCCUGAGGAAGCAGAAUACAUGAAGGAGUUCGUUAUCCAAGAGGCUUUGGAAGACCACGAUAAGAACGGUGAUGGAUUUGUGAGCCUGGAAGAGUUCCUCGGCGACUACCGAAGAGAUCCAACUGCCGGUGAAGAUCCAGAAUGGAUAGUCGUCGAGAAGGAUCGAUUCAAAAAUGACUACGACAAGGACGGGGAUGGAAGACUCAGCCCCCAGGAGCUGUUGGGCUGGGUGGUGCCUAAUAAUGAGGGGAUUGCUCAAGAGGAGGCUGUCCACCUGAUCAAAGAAAUGGACUCCGACGGUAACAAAAAGCUUUCCGAGGUGGAGAUUCUCGAGAACCAGGAUCUGUUUCUCAACAGCGAAGCCACUGAUUACGGCAGGCAGCUCCACGACGAACGUUUCUACCAUGAGGAACUUUAAUCUCCAAGCGGCUGACCUUUGUCUGUUCUUUGAUCCAGAACAGGUUUCAGCUUCAAAGGCAAAAAAAUUAAAAUAAAUAAAAAAAGCAGACUUUUUCUGUGGCUGUAAUAUACUGGCGUCUGCUUGCUCUCUUUGCAUUCUCAAACGUUAAUUUUCACCUGUGCAUUGUUUUGAAUGUCUUUGGCCUUUCAACGCUCGGUUGCCACAGAACUAGCUUUAAAAAAGAUACAGGAGAAACUUCUUAAGCCUUGUUUUAAUACUACUUUUUGAAACGUACUUGAAAAUGCAAAGAUUCAAAAUUAUGGUAAGGGGAGGAUUACCGUUAGUUUUUGAUAGGCAGUUUUUAGCAGCUUGGGAAAAGAGAAAAAUAAACUGGAGGAAAGUUUUUGGUUUAAGUUCCGCGUUCUAAUCAUCCUUCUGUAGGACCGUUUGGCAGGGUUUAACAGCCUUAUUUACCUCUAAGGUUUCUGUGUAUAUUAAAUAACUUCUCUAGAGGGUGUUUAUAUGAUCUGGAAAUCUUAUUUUUGCAUCUAGAAUAGUGAUUAUUUUUAUUGUAAUUGAGAUAGCUUUAGAGAAUGUACUGUAUUUAAGUAAAAAACGUUUUAUUGUCAGAUUAAAACACCAAAAUGC